AUGGGAACUGGUUGGAGAAAAGCUUUUUGCACAACAAUCCCAAGAGACAGCAGAGAAGCCAUUACUACUCCUUUAGAAGAGCAGAGCCCGAGCCCGACUCUCAACACCUCCAGAAGCUAUGCGAAGCUUGGUUUUCAAUCGCGUGGAAGCAGCAAUCCCUCUACUCCUCGGUUGCGUUGCAAAACCAGUAUUAAUAACAAUACAGAUGAAAAUGUUGGUAUUUAUGCUCAAACUCCAUCAACCAAAGAUGAUCUCAUUAGUCCAAAACUCCUUCAAUGCAAAACAACCCCAAAAUCUUAUAGCAAAUGUAAAAGCUUUGGCUCCACCCCAUCUUCUCCAAGAUCCCCCUUUUCCAUCCUCAAGAAAACGCUCCGCCUAUCCAGAAAUAGUUGUGGAGUGUGUAUGCAAAGUGUGAAGACAAUCCAAGGCAUGGCAAUAUACACAGCUGAAUGCUCCCACACUUUCCAUUUUCCUUGCAUAGCCACACGCAUUAGAAAUCAAAACUCCCUCAUUUGCCCAGUUUGCAAUACUACCUGGAAAGAUGUCCCUUUACUAGCCAAUAUCCAUAAACUUCAAGAACAAACACAGUUUGAUGAAACCAAACAUAAUAGAAUACUACAAUCUCCAAAAAUCCCCCAACAAGAAACAAGGGCAUUUGAUGAUGAUGAGCCACUGGUUUCACCCUCAGCCAGAGCUUCUACGAAGUUUGUUUAUGAGGAGAAAGAUUCUGCUGGUGAAGAAUUUCAGGGAUUUUUCGUCAACACCAUUUCGAGCAAUAGUUCUUACCUACAAGACAAAGAUGGCCAAAAUGUGGAGGUGAGUUUAUUGCCUGAGGCUGCUGUUAUUUCAGCGGGCAGAACCCACCAGACGUACGCUGUCGUUUUGAAGGUUAAAGCCCCUGCACUGCCUCCGCCACCACAGACCCACGUUCUGGACCCAGCGCGACGUGCGCCUAUUGACUUGGUUACUGUUCUUGAUGUAAGUGAGAGCAUGGGCGGAGCCAAGCUUCAGAUGCUGAAACGAGCCGUGGGUUUGCUUAUUUCCUCUCUCGGCUCGGCUGACCGGCUCUGUAUAAUUACCUUCGCGGCUAGUCCGAAUAGGCUCAUGCCACUGAGGAGAAUGACGGCUCAGGGUCAAGGAUUGGCUCGGAGCAUCAUCGACCGGCUUGUCUGUAGCCAAGGUAGAAGCGCCUGUGAAGCCUUGAAAGCUGCCACAAAAGUUCUUGACGAUCGGCGGCAUAAGAACCCAGUUGCAAGCAUUAUUUUACUAUCCGACGGUCAAGAUAACAGUGUUCAAACCAAAAACACAGCGGCCGCCGCCGCCGGUACUCACCAGCGGCGAGAAUCGCCUCAGGUUUCAUCCACUCGUUUCGCUCACGUCGAAAUUCCUGUGCGUUCAUCUGGGUUUAACCCCAAGCCAGCCGCGGACGCCUUUUCCAAAUGCGUUAGUUGGCUAUUGAGCGUGGUUGUUCAAGACUUGAAAAUUCAAAUCGGCUUCAGGCAUGUUUCAGAUCCAGCCGAAAUUUCGGCCAUAUACUCCUGCCAUGCGCGUCCUACAGUGAUGAACUCAAACUGCAUUCUAGUCGGCGAUCUCUAUGCCGAGGAGGAAAGAGAAUAUCUCGUGGAGAUGAAGGUACCAAUUGUUGGGUCUCAUUCACACCAUUAUCAUAUGCUUUCAGUUAGAUGCAGUUACAAGGACCCAGCAACUCAGGAACUAAUCUACGGUGGGGAGAAACCCUUGCUGGUACCCAGGCCACGAAAUAAUGCCAUUGGAUCAAGAUCCCCCAUUAUUGAACAACGGCUAAAAAAUCGUUUCAUUACAGUGCGCGCAAUUGUAGAGUCUCGGCGAUUGAUUGAGCACAAUGAGGUGUCAAGCGCUAUGCAGCUGUUGUCAUCAGCUCGUGCACUAAUGAUACAGUGCACAUCAGAGUCGGCCGGCGAGUAUGUUAGAGAGCUGGAUAUUGAGCUGGCUGAGCUGAAAUGGAAACAGACGAUGAUGAUGAUCCAACAGCGGAGGGUAAUUGGGAGGGAAAUGGGUUUGUUUGUCGAUGAGCGUGAGGAGCCACUAACGCCGCCAUCGGCUAGGAGAGCGGCUGAGAAGCUGGCUAAGAUGAAGAACAGAGUGAGCGACUUGCACGGCUUUGAAAAUGCUAGGUUUUAG